AUGCCGGCAGCGCAGUCGAUUUGCGACAUUAGCAACUCCGGAAAUUUGUUGGAGUUUGGUUUGGAUCCGUUCUACCGGCCCGCUGAUUCAAAAUCACUUGGCGUACAAACUGAAUUCAAGGAUUCACCGCAGCUGUCACAGGAAGAAGAUGGUGAGUUCUCUGAGAUUGCCAAACCGGCUGCUGCAUCUCAGAUACUGAGAUUUGCGAUAGGUCUAUUGGGGUUGGAGCUGCAUGAGAAACCCAGUCCAUGGUCUGAGACCUGGUUGGACGCGCUUAGCGUGGGUCAAAUCUCUUUUGGUGGAGCUGAUGUGAAAGUGGCAAAUGAAGUUGACGAAGGAUUUUGGUCAGACCGUCAGUUCAAGAAGGGCCAGACAGAUUGGCAGCAGAAAGUCUUGGAUCAUUUGCGCCGGCUUUUUCACAAGGGCCGAAGCAGUUCGAAAGAGAAGAAUGUUGGUCGUUCCAGUGGUCGCGUCCAAGAGCAACUUGAAAUGGCGGAUUUUGCGUUGCAGCGCAUAACUCAUGCGGUAAACAUACUGCAGCGCCCUGAACGCCAUGUGGAUCCCUUGAUUAUGCAUGAAUACACUGAUGGCAUGGUCGAAGACGUCUGCGCGGACCUGAAGCAAUGGUUAGAGCAACUUGCAAACGCGCUGUCGAUCUACCAUGUGCAUAUUUUGGACCUGGAAGUUGGGCAUCGAGAUAUGACUGGAAAGGUUGGCCUCUUGGAGACCAAGCUCCAGGAUUGUGAAGCCGAGCGAGACGAUGCGAUGAGGCGAUUCGACGACAUGGAAGCCAGAUGGAACGAGGAGAAGAUGAGAAAACGGGCUGCUGCCCUCUUCGGUGUGAAAUCCGCUGAAGAAGAUCCAAAGAUUUAUAGCCAGGCCGAGGUAGAUGUGAUGUAUGAUCAAUGGAGAAAAGAUGGGGUUGACCCACUCUUGGAAGAGAUAAAGGAAUUGAAAAAGGCGCAAAGAGAGCUUUUGGCCAAGAUGCAGUCCAUGAAGCAAGAUCGAUCAGUGCCAAUACAAGAAGAAACGAGCCUUUUGGGACAGAGAGAAAUCACAAUGUUGCAAGCAUCCUUGACGGCCUCGUCACAGCGCACCCAUGGUGAACUGAAGCCGCUUCUCUUGCGGCUUGGGGAAUCAAUUGCAUCUGGCGGGCUUGAAAUUCCAGAGAUCCUCCGUGCAAUCCAGGCUAUACCAGUUCUGGAGAUCCCUGAGUCUGUGGAGACUGGGUCCCAAGUGGAUGAACCAACGCCAGUAGUGGCUUCGGGAUCGAAGGACGCUGAGCUAUUCCAAACUGGGUUGAAGGCCGCUGGAAAGCAUGUGUCACCGGAUCUUGCAAGCCUUUUGGUCCAGCUUGGGCAAGCAUUUACAGACGGAAGCGAUCUAAAAAGGGUAGUACAGAUGAUCCAGAAGUUGCCUCUUCCAGUACCCAUUGUCCUGCCUGAAAAGCCGGCAAUGCGGUCGACUGGAGUCAAUACAUUGACACCCAUUGCAAAGGAGACUUCGGAAACAGUCCAGGUGGUAGAGCCCGGGAGCGAACGAGAUUUCGAGGGCGAGCUCCGACGCCUCCGGGAGUCAUUGGAGGCGCAGGUUCGGGCAGCCGAGGCUGAAGCCGAAAAGCAACGCAGGAGGGCCGAAGAGGCGAUGAAGAAACUCGAAGAAGAGACCCAGAGAUUAGAGCAACUGAUCGCAGAGCUGCGGCGAAAAUUGAAAGAAUUGCAAGCUCUCCUGGAAAAAGCAGGUCUCGGCAAACAGGUGGCGGAGCUCUUUCAACAAGCGGGCCUUGGUGACUUUCUGGAAGGUCGCGAUGUCUUCGAGCGGCUGUACCGUGACGCCCUGCGGCGCAUGCGCACUCAAGCUGAAGUCCAAGCGCGUCUGGCGGAGGAGUCAUCUUUGCUAUUCAUGCGCACUUUACGGGAUCUAGCAGCGCAUCCUUUGGCUGCAGUGGAUGCGCUGCUGACAGCAAACGAAUAUGCCAAUGUCAUUGCGCCUUUGCAGGUGUUGCGCUUCGCAGCUCCAACGCAAACAGGAGACGCUACGAAGCUGAUGCCAAGAGAACAAGAAAUCAAGCGACCUAUACGACCUAUGCGCUUCAAAACGACCAGUCUAUUGGCAGAUCAUGCGGAUCGGCCUUUCUCUGCAGCACGAAAAGAGCAGGAUAUGAAAUUGAAGCGUGCGGCUACGAUGGCUGCACCUUUGGUACCGCAUGGUGUGAUUUCCGGGCAUCCCGGGCAUCCGGGGCAUCCUGGGCAUCCUGCGCCCAGAGCUCGAGGCGAGUCACGAAGCCCAGGAAAUUCAGGGAACUCAUGGCGCCCGGGGCAGAACAUGAUUACCUCUAGGCCCUUGGCAAAUGGAGCGAAUUGGCCUGGUAUCGCGGUUGAAGGCCGCACCUUCUCACGUGGCAGUGGGGAGGAGUGGCAUGACACUUCUCCAGAGAGAUCAUCUCUAGCAUCUCCAGCGUCCGUCUCACCCAGUGGAAAACAUGGAAAUUUGGCUAUGGAAAAAAUGGAAAAAAUGGAAAAAAUGGAAAACAUGGAAAAAAUGGAAGCGAAGACAGCGAAGAUUGCCGGCUCUAAGAGCCUGGCUCAAUCCGAUCGCUCCGAUCCACUGAAUGUACCACUUCUUGUUAGUGCCAUUGGCCCAAGGCCAAGUGGACCAAACCAAAGAAGUCAAAGUCAAUUAGUCCCUCAAAGAUCACAAGGAUCACAAGGAUCCCAGAGAGCCCACAGGGCACCUGUGCCAUCUUCUCAUGUGCUCAGGUCUGCAGGAUCUCUGUGUGCAGAUGCCGCCCGUUGAUCAAGCAGCGAGGCG